UUUAAAAUUUUCUUAAUAUUUGCUUCAGAAACUUCCUUCUUGUCGCAUGUCAAUGGUUUGCCCACUCCCUGCCGUUCGCCCAACUUUUUUAACCACGACCGCUGGUUGAAAGACAAUCUUUUUGUGUGUUAUACAGGUUCUUAUACAGCCUUAUAGAUAAUUAUACAGGCUGUAAUUUCGAACAGAAUUAAUCCUAUUGCGUUGACAACGCCUGAACCCCAACGUAUGUACAAAAUCAACGCAUUUGGGUAUUGAUCUUAUGUAGUUGUUUGCUUGGGUGUGUGUGUGUGUGUGUUAAUUGUUACAGAGUCCCUUGGCUAAGGGAUAAUGCUCAGCCGACGGCCGCUGAAAAGGCUGACUUGUUCGUUCUGUUCCCGCUGUGUUUUAAUAACUUUGGUGUUUCUUCAUCUUUUCAUAUAAAAUGACAGGCUUCGCUGGGAGGGGGUAGAGGGAGCGGGGGUUCUGCGGGUCUCUGUCUCCUGGGUGUGAACGCAGGUUCUUCAAAUGUAGGAUUCACUUGAAUAAUUACCGCUCUGUUUUCUCUAUUUUUUAAAAAUCUCAAAUUAUUCGGAGAGAACCGAUAGACGGAGUCCAGCGGUUGAUGCAUCCCCCGGUUUAGAAGCGACUGUGGCUUGGAUCCCUGGUAUCCACAAGUAAACAGAUACUCAUGCGCGCACACACGUACAUACAGACCCCACUCACGGUACACAUAGUGCAGGGUGUAAGUCACCUAUCGUAACCGCAAAGUUGGUUCCUUCAGAUGUUUGGCGAUGAGAUCGGGGAACGCACUGAGCUUAGUGCAGUGAUCCGAUUUGAUUUAUUCGGGAGUAGGUGGGUGCAAAGGGCGUGAGGGGAGGGGAGGGGAUCUAUUUGGUUUUUUUUGGAGGGGUGUGUGGAGAUUCUACGGACUCGGCGCCAUCAUCUGAAAGUAGUUGCCCCCUGAUUAGUAUUGGGCUGGGACAAUGUUUGCAAUCGGCCGGAGAGUUGCUGCCUCCAUAUAUAUUUCUAUCGCAUUGCAAUUAUUAUAUUAGAGAAGCGAUUUAAUGCAAACUAGUCCCGUUCUUCUUGAAACGUUCUAUCCUAACUAUUCUUGUGUACGAAUCAGCGCCUCUCUCUCUCUCUCUGGUGUGAGUGUAAAGGGUGCCUUUUGAUUUAUUCCUUGCUGGAAACUUAAUUGCUCCGCCCCCGGGAUACCGUGUGACAAGUCGUUUCUCCUUUUGAUGUGUAUGUGUAUGUGUGUGUGUAUGUGUGUGUGUUAUGUGUGUAUGUGUGUGUUUGUCCAGCGGACCUGCUCUGCGCGAAUCUUAAACAUAACAACUUCAACAAAGCCAGUGCUCGACUCCAGAGUAGAGAGGCAACUUUGAUCUGAUACAGAGCCAACCCUGAACAUUUUUGUUCAAUGAUUCUUGAUUCUUAUAACAAGGAGAAUUGAGCGGGUUGGGUGUUUGAACAAAUUCUAUAUGUACCAGCGACCAUGGCCGCGCCGAUGGCUCUGAUCCCGGCUGCCCCGGUGAAUCAGACUCUGAUCGCGACCCCUUCGUCCUCGUCUUCGUCCUUCUCGUCUUCUUCCUCCUCUUCCUCGCCGGCCAUCUCGUCCGUGCCUGCGUCCUCGGCGGCUGGCGGCGGAGGGAGUAGCGGGGCGACACAGACUCUCUACCGGGCGGACGGGGGUUCCAAGCCGGUCUACUCCACGCCGUCCCCGGUGGAGAACACGCCGCAGAACAACGAGUGUAAAAUGGUCGAACUGCGCGGGGCUAAAGUGGCCUCGUUCACCGUGAACGGACACGAGCUCAUCUGCUUGCCUCAGGCUUUCGACCUGUUUCUCAAACACCUGGUCGGAGGGCUUCACACUGUCUAUACCAAAUUAAAGAGGCUGGAUAUAACUCCGGUGGUCUGCAACGUGGAACAAGUACGCAUUCUCCGAGGGCUGGGAGCCAUUCAACCCGGGGUGAACCGCUGCAAACUGAUCUCCAGGAAAGACUUCGAGAUCCUCUACAACGACUGUACCAAUGCCAGUUCCAGACCAGGAAGACCUCCAAAACGGUCCCAGAGUGUUACAUCCCCCGAGAAUUCCCACAUCAUGCCACACACCGUCCCAGGCCUCAUGUCUCCGGGAAUGAUUCCACCCACAGGUCUUACAGCGGCAGCAGCAGCCGCAGCAGCAGCUGCAACCAAUGCAGCCAUCGCAGAGGCCAUGAAGGCAAAGAAGAUCAAACUCGAAGCCAUGAACAGCUUCCAUGGUAACAAUAACCAGCAUGGAGCCGAGUCUGAAAAUGGUGACAUAAACUCCAGUAUCGGUAGCAUCGAUGGCUCCUGGGAUAAAGAGAAACUGCAGUCUCCCACUGCCCCAUCUGCACAGGCUUCUGUCAGCCAUGCUGCCCUCUCCAACCAGCACAACCUCGCUGUAAAUCAUUCCCUCAACUCCCUUCAGCAGAACCACUUAUUACCCAAUGGUCUGGAGCUCCCAUUUAUGAUGAUGCCCCAUCCACUUAUUCCCGUUAGUCUACCUCCGGCAUCAGUUACCAUGGCAAUGAGCCAAAUGAACCACCUUACCACUAUCGCUAAUAUGGCAGCUGCAGCACAAGUACAAAGUCCCCCUUCCAGAAUGGAAACUUCAGUUAUUAAGGAACGUGUUCCUGACAGUCCUUCACCUGCCCCGUCUCUGGAAGAUGGUCGCCAUCCAGGGAGUCAUCCUUCCUCCCACCGGAGCAGCAGCGUAUCGAGUUCACCAGCUCGGACAGAGAGCUCUUCCGACAGAAUCCCUGUCCAUCAGAAUGGACUGUCGAUUAACCAGACCCUGCUGGGUUUAUCUCCCACUAUCCCACCUGGCUCGAAGGAAGGAGAUCUUGCCUGUCAGGAUGGAGGACACGAAGUAAAACGAAUACACAAUGAUAAAGAUGAAGUCCUGAUCUCAAAUCCAACUGCAAGAGACUGUUUUGAGAAGCUUUCUCUGGCUGGCCAACACCUACCACCAGGCUUCCCAGCUCCAUUCCUCUUCCCAGAUGGACUUUCUUCCAUUGAAACUCUGCUGACAAAUAUCCAGGGUCUACUGAAGGUUGCCAUAGACAACGCCAGGGCCCAAGAAAAACAAGUGCAACUUGAAAAGACGGAGUUAAAGAUGGAACUGUUCAGGGAGCGGGAAAUGAGGGAAAGCUUGGAGAAGCAGUUAGCCGUGGAGCAGAAAAACAGAGCAAUAAUUCAGAAACGAUUAAAGAAAGAGAAGAAAGCAAAGAGGAAAUUGCAGGAAGCACUUGAAUUCGAGACCAAGCGACGAGAACAAGCUGAGCAGACAUUAAAGCAAGCUGCCUCUGCGGACAAUCUCAGGGGCAUGAAUGAUUCAGUGACCCAGGAACUGGAGGCUGAUCGCAGCACUGGACGAACAGAUGCUGAAAGGACAAUACAAGAUGGAAGGAUGUAUCUGAAGUCAUCCGUAAUGUAUUAAAACAACUGCGCCAUGUGACUCGAAAAUUCAAGCAGGAACAUGAGAAAAAAUUUGUAAAAAAAAAUGACAAAAUGAAGUCCUCUACUAACAUGCGGGUUAACUGCGCUUUUGAGACAGCUUUUACCCAGUUUGCAUAACUGUGUUAAUUUGCCAUCCAUGAAAUGUUUGAUGUAUUACGUUGAUAGUCCUCUCCAGCAACUGACUUCAACAGCAGAGCUCUCCGAAGUAGACAAUCCUGAUGACUAUAAAACACCCAGACUCAAAAGGUGACUGUCAUCAGGAGGUCACUGCUGGCACUAUACGUGUCCUUUUUGUGGACUAAACUCUGACCAGUGCUGACAAUUACAAUGUUAAGCACAUCACGCAAAAAAAAAAUUCACCAGUAGUGAAAAAGAAGCGAACAAACUCUUUUUUAAAUGUUUGUUGUUCCCCUCCACUUCUCUUUUGUUACAGUUGGUGUAUUUAAACCAGCAAGAAAGCUUCUGAAACCCUUCUUUCCUGGAUCCAAAGGAACUUUACUUAUAGGGCUGCCAGGUUGGUACAAGUCAAACGAUGUUGCAAGGGACAUUAAUUCUUCAACAGGGAGAUUAAGAGAGCGGGAUGAAGAGAGAGAGAGAGUUGUGUUGAGGAUUCAGACAAAAUGUAACCCAUGGGAAAUAAACCUGGCAUUGAGGUUCCUCUGCUAAAUUUUAAAAUAAACACACUCAAAGAAAAAAAAGUGAAUGUAAGUUUUAAAAGUCACAAAAGAUAUAUAUUUGUGCGUUCCACACAGACACAUAUUUGUGAAUACUGUUUGCUUCUUGCCAAGCUUCUGGUUGUGUGUAUAUAAUAUGACACAGGGAGGUAAUGUGUAUGCAGUAGAUUACUAGAGAAAAAAAAACACAGUACUUUUGAGAUUUAAAUGCUGAUAUGUUUUGUCACAUUGUUUGUUCCAGACACUGCAAUUUUUGGUUAUAUAGCUCAUUAACAAAGCAUGCAGGCAUGUAAAUAUUUGUCCUCAAGUCACAGUAUUACUGAACGAGAUCCUUGGCGUCUGUUUUGCGCCUUUUCAAGGUCAGUAUGGCAGGUGGGAAACCCUGCCUGCCUGGCAAUUCAAUGAGAGGAGCUUCUUGUCUCUGCUCUCUGACACAGAACUGAUGAAAUUAAUUAAGAUUUGUGGCGUUGCAGCGUGAUGGAUUAAAAAGCAACAGAAAUGUUUCUCUCUUUGUUUCUUUCUAUAAUUAUUAUUAUUUUUAUGUCACCUUGAGGCGUUGCUCUUCAAAAAAAAUAGGAACUUUGCAACACUUGAUGUAAUGGUUGAAACAAAAAAAUCCUAGAUGAGUGGUGAGUUAAAGUCUGUAUUCUCCCUGUGUAAUAGGGAAGGAUGGUUUUUGUGUAAUUAUCAAUGUCUUUGAUAAACUGUGUGAUCACCUUUGUGCAAAUAAUUGAAAGUAAACUCCAACACAGUGCUAAUUUGCUAGCCUAGCCUUUUCUCUUCAUUUUGCCUUUGUUUACUGCCAUGUUAACCAUUAAAAGACCAUCCUUGCAGAGAAAAAAAAUUCCACACUGGCAUUGUUGACCACUGUAAACAGAGUAUGUCAACAGCAGAACAUAAGAAGCUAAGAAAUAGAAGCAAGAGUAGCAAUUUUGUCCCUUGUGCUUUCAAUGAGAUCCAGGCUGGCCUUUACCUCAACCCAACGUUCUUGCAAUAAACCCAUAUCCUUUAUUCCUUUCAUAAAAAUCUAUUAUUUGAAUAUGUUGAGCCUUCCCAUUCCUCUUAGGUAGGGAACUCCAAGAUUCACUCCCCUUGGAUGAUGAGACUUCUUCACAUCUCAGUCCUAACUGACUGAUCCCAAAUUCUGUGAUUGCAACCGCUGGUUCCAGAGAAUCCAUCCGGUGAAAGAAUCAUUAUUGCAUCUGCAUCUCAACCCCUAAAAGAUUUUUUUUUAUGCUUCAAUUAAACCACCACAUAUUCUUCCAGGCUCAAGUGUAUUUGGUCGCAGUCCUUUUAAUCUGCCCUCAUAUAACAGCUUCCCCAUCAUCACUGUCCAUCCCAGGAAUCAAUCUGGUGAAUCUUCAGUGCACUCUGUCCAAUGCUAGCAUGUCCUUCCCUCAGUAGGAGGACCAGGCCUCUACCCAUUAUUGCAGGUGUAGUCUCACCAGGCCCUAUAUAAUUGCAGUAAGACAUCUUUACUUUUGUACUCAAAUCCUCUCUCUGUAAAGGUCAAUAGAUUGUUUCCCUUCCUAAUUGCUUGCUUUACCUACAUGCUAACUUUCAGUGACUUGUGUAUUAAGACACAAGGGUUUCACAGAACACCAACAUUUAACCUCUAACCAUUCACAAAAUACUUUGCCUGUUUUUUUCUAGCAGAACUUUUUUGGUACAGUUUUCAUACUUGUCCAUUUUAGAUCCCAUCUGCCAAGUCUUCGCAUAACCUAUCUAUAUCCCCUUAAAGCAUCUUUGUAUCUUGUUCAAAAUCCACAAUGCCACCCUCGUAUUUCAUCAUGGCCAGUCACUUUUCAUGGUUAUUGGCAAACCUUGACCCACCAGAACAGAUAAGGUUCUCACGAUUCUUUCAAUGAUACAACAGAACAAAACCUUUAUUUGCCAGUGCAUCGGGCUUAUGAAAUCAGGUUGUAUUCUUUUUUUAUUUUACGACAAUUACAAAAGAGAGAUUUACCAAAUUUGAAGUCAAACAAAGGGUUCAGAAAUUCACCAUUAAGCAAAAGUGUAGAAAAUAAACUGAUCAAUGUUGUAAGUCUGACUGAAUCCUCUAGCUUGUUAUAUACCAAAAUGACAUCCAGUUUACAAAUUGAUUAAGGGGCAGUUUUGCAUUAGCCUCAUCCAGGAAUCUGGAAACGAUGUCUUUCUAGCACACACCUUAACAGCAGGAAGUUUAGUCUUUUGGGAUCAAUUUAUCUUGACAAACAUCUUAAAGAAGGUAUAUAGCAAAACAAGCCCUACCCUUGUGUUAUCUUCGAAGAUUUUAUCUGGUGACUGAAGGGAUAUCAUUUUUUUCCAUUGCUGCAUGCCCUCCACUGUACGACUUUCCAGCAUCUUAAAGCAAAACUAGCAAAAGGAAGGGAGAAAAAAGGAAGUUGUUUGUUUCUCUGGCCAUGAUGGUCUUGAAAGGGUUAACCGCUGAGAUGAUGCAUAUUCUGAUAAAGAAAGCAUCCUUAAGUGUCCAUGUGAUCUUUCUUUAUGAAAAAAAACAUCUAAAAAAUCUUAUCUAGCAUUUGUUGUUCCUCUGCACCUUGCAUAGAGUCUUUAAUUUAAUAUAGAUCACCCUGGGACAAUUGGAAGACAGGAGGUUCCCCUGUCCCACCUAAAGGUAGUUCGAGAGCGGUGAGUUGCAUCUUUACAAGUUAGUUAGCUACUGUCAAGACAAUAAAAUAUUCUGCCAAUUUAAGUGUGACAUUCUCUUCACCCAGUGAUAUGAGUGGCUGGCAGCUUGAUUGUCAAUAGCCUAUUAUCUUUUGUUGACUUGUUUGAGAUGCCAAAUAUAUUGAAAGCAGAAACAUAAAGGGUAAAAGGAAGCUUACAGAAACCCAAUAAAGAGUGGAUUUCAAAAGAAAAAGCACUCUAGAAAAGAAUUGCAGGUUCUCUAUUAUAAAGUCGUAGAAAGGAUGUGUUGUAGGAUUUUUUUAAACAAAAAUGGAAUUACCCUAGUUCUGUUGUUCAUUAAACUCUGUCCAUUGCCUAUCAGUACAAUACAUUUUCACUUUAUUUUUUAUAUACUUUUUAUCUUGAACACGUAUGUUUCAGUAUCCUGUAUUAUAACCACAUUUGCGCUCUAUGCAAGCCCUUGGAACAGAACACACUCAUCUUCAACUAGGACAUACGAAAAUUGUCUAUUUUUAUCUAUAUAUUUAAAGUUUUCUAAAAAAAAAGGUUAUUACGAAUUUUGUUGUACAAAAUCUGUACAAAAAGAUCUGUUUUUACAUCAUAAUGCAAGAAAUCGAGAUUUUUCUAUGGUAGCUUAGUUAUUUGAGCCUGGUUUAAAUGUGAGAACCACGUUUACUGUAUUGUAUUUAAUUUUCUUUCUUUUCAACAAUCUGCUAAUAAAAAAUGUCUGAAUUCUC